AAUAGCCAGUUAGUCAUUUUCCCUUAUUUUAUCGCAUCGUUGUCUGUUGUUCAGUUGCAAUCAGCAAUAAUUUUUAGAUGAAAAAUUAAUAGCGGUGCGCCAUAUAACGCUUCUUCGCAUUACGCAGCCUUAAGGAAGGAAGGAGCCACAGCAUUUUUUCUUCUUUUUCAGCAAGAGUGACAGGAUCAGUUAAAGGAAGGAUGCUGCGAGGGGCGGGACGGAGGUUGAUCUCUCACGGCCGCUCGAAAUCGACGUUGCCAUUUUCAUCACCGACUCUGCUAGGAAAUGUUGAUAUCGGAUUACAGGAGGAAAGAAACACUCAGGGAUUUAAUGGCUCCUGGAAAUCUCGCUUUCUUUUUCACGAUAUGAAAUGCAGGUUUCCAGUUUCAGUCAGGACUCCCAUAUGGGCUCCUACACAGGCAUUUAGUUCCGACAUUAGUGUGUUUCCCCCAGUAACAGACCCUGAUGUUAAGAGGGCACUCAAGGAUGUAUUGGCUUCGAAUUGGGAUGAGCUUGAAGAAUCUCUCAAGUCUACUGUUAUGGAUGCUUUGUCAAAAGAAACAGAUGAUGAGUCUGGAAAAGAAGCUUUGUCCAAUGUUUGGCGUGCAGCAGAGGCAGUGGAGCACUUCUCUGGAGUUUUAGAAUCCUUGAGAAUGGAACUAGAUGAAAUAAGUGGGUCCACAGGCGAGAAUGUGAGACCCUUACCAGAUGAACUUCAAGGUGCUUUACAGGCUGCAUAUAAACGCUACAGCAAUUACUUGGAUGCCUUUGGCCCUGAAGUAACUUACUUGAGAAAGAAAGUUGAAAAUGAGCUGGGCACAAGUAUGAUUCAUAUAAAGAUGCGAUGUGCUGGGCUUGAUUCUGAGUGGGGAAGGGUUACACUUCUUGGAACCUCUGGAAUUUCUGGCUCAUACAUUGAACAACGCAGUUAGCCUUGUCAAAUCUAUCCCUAAAAAAGGGAGUGGAAUUUUAAUUGAAAAUUUGCCAAGCCUCCUCUACCUUCUAACAUUUCAAUAUAUGUCAUUCAGAAGGAAGUGAUUGACAAGAAAAGCCGUUUGGAGUGUGAUAUAUAUUCUGGUGUAGAAAGGCUGUAUUGAUAGAGAUUUUGCAACUUGUAGUUCAGACUACAAAGUGCAUAAAACAAUUGCUUUAGACAUAAUAAGUAUUUCCUGCAAUAAGGAAUCUUCUUGAUGGCAUGGCUGGGUGUUUUGGGCUACUAAAAAGUUGCAAAGACUCUUAAUAUUCAUUUAUGUCUGAUCUUAGGGCAAAGGGUUAGGUUCAACCAUUUUUAUUUAGGCAGCCACUUCCACGCACUUCUUCACAUGCCAUCUUGUCAAUCAUCGUAUACAGUAUAUGACAUUGGAUUACACAUUCAUGUAUUAAGGACAAAAAUGUACUUGUUCUUUA